UUUCAGCGCUCUGAGCAAAGACGCUGGAGCAGCUCGGAAUAUGUAUCUCCCCAUCUGUUGGUGAAAUGCAGCUUUGCUUUAUCUGAGUUCUACGCUGCUUUGGAGGGGGCGCUGGACUUUGCAAAGGCUACUAAGAUGCGGAGAUCAUGGUGACUUAACCGGCAGCGUGCUGAUGGUCUCUGGUCGCUGUCACAGUGGAAAAUGUUCCGAGCAAAGGCUCACAAUUUAUUUUUGGAGCGGCAUGGAGACGGGUCCUUCCAUCUGAGGAAGGGUGCAGCUGGGCUCAAGAUGAGACUCAUCCACUGACACUCCUGGUUUGAACGUUCAGAGCAGCCGGAAGACCCCCGACCAGCACUCACACAGGAGGAAAAAAUGCUUACAGCUCUCAAUUACAGCAACGGGCAGUUGGGACUGCUUUCUCCACAGUACCCUCCACCAUUGCUACCCAAACCUGGAAAGGACAACGCGCGGCUCCAGAAGCUGCUCAAGAAGACUGCCAAGAAAAAGGCUUCCCAUCAGACGUCACAGACACCAGUGCCUUUCCGCUCCAGCCUUUCCCCAGUAAAUGAAGCGAGCCCUGAUCUAGAACACAGCGACACCUCCACUCCUCCUGAGACGCCAGACCCAAUUCACACAACCAACCUGUACUCCAGGUGUCCCAUCAGACCUCCUUACCAACACUCGCCAUCCCCUUACCUGUACCAGCAGAAUGUGGGUUUGGUCACAACACCAACGUUUGCCUCUCAGCAGAACGCCUCUCUGGUGUGCACCUUACAUCACCAGGUAACCCCACUUCAUACCUUCAAAAUGCUAUUGCCUACUGAGAUCGCAGGUCCCUCAGCACCAGCCUUAGCUUCAAUCUCAACUUCCAGUUUCCCAGCCCCACCAACAGCAACCACUACAGCUCCAGUAAGUGAAGAAGUCCCAGUCACAGCUCAAGCACUAACUCAAACUUCCACUCUAGAGCCAACUGCCACAUCUGCUAGAGAGCCAGUUCAAAAUCAAACAGCAUCUAUGACACUGGUCCUAGCUCAGCACUCAAAGCCUCUCAUUUCUAGCCAGGAUGUGGAGUUCAGUCCUGAAAGUGUCAUGACUUGCUCCAUGAAAUCCAAUGCUGUCCAUACUCCAGAAAGUCAAGAAAGGGAUUUAUCAACUCUUGAACCUACCGUCUUACAGUCAACUGUUAAUGAAAUUGCAAAAUCCAAAAAACCAUUAUUUGAGGUCCCUCAGAUAAAAAUAUACACAGCUAAGGCUUCAUUUUAUGAGAUAUCAAAGCCACCUUUGUAUGACACUUCAGAAAUAACCACACCUUUUAAUGGAGCCCCACCAGCUAAAUUGCUGAAGAGUACAAUGCCAACGCCUGAUGUGAAAUUAGGGACACGGCCAACUUAUGAGUUUUCACCCACAAAGACAGCUUAUGGGCGACCUAAGACACCUUCCUAUGCUAGCCGGGCAAAUACACCUGUUUUUGAAGUCUCAAAAGGCAACUGUCAUUUAUUUGCCACUUCUUCCUCAACCAUUUUGCCUCCUGAUGGCUGUGUCCGCAUAGUCAAUACAGAGACACAUAGGCUUAAUAUUCAUACAUCUGCCACCAUCACAACUAAAAGCGCUCCAACUGAAGGUGGAAAUUUAGUAGAAACUGUGUGUCCAGAAUCCUCCUCUAUACAUUCAGAAAAUGAACCACGUGUUGAACCGGGAAAUAUUAUUCAAAAUAAUGUGCCUUCAGUGGAUCCAACUUCAGAAAAUCCAAUGAAUAAAAUAUUUUCUAAUGAUGUAAUAGCUAAAGAAACAUCUGCAUAUGGGGCCCGUAAACUGUCAGACAUAUCUGUGGAACAGAAAGUAAUAACAAGCACUACAGAUGUGUCCAGUUCUGUAGCUUCAGGUGUAGAUCAAGAGCUCAAGACUCCAGUAUUAGAGGUCUCUAAAUCUGCUGCAGAUUUACUGAGGCACAAAAGUCCUAACACCCUAGUACAUGAACGUCCAAUUCCUACACCAUCUUCAUUUGGGUUUCAAAAACCGCCUGGAUACGAGCCCCCAAAACCCAGGUCCAAAUCUAAAUAUUAUGGUUUGACUCCAGCUGCCUAUGUUGCUUAUGGUGGCAUUAAAAGUAACUCACCCACCUAUGGCAUCUCCAAGCCUAUGACACCAACAUUUCAACCUCCCCAACUGAAUGAGCUGUCGACAUCUAAGACUCCUACCUCUGAUUUUUCUACGACAGCUCCUUCUUUUGAGGUGUCAAACACUGGCACACCUCUCAAAGAGGAUGAGAGGCUUGUAGCUCCUCCUGGUGAAACAAUAACUUUGCCAGUUUCAACAAUGAAAAGCCCUGAAAUGUUAACUUCUGCAGUUGGAUCAAAUUUUUCAGAAGUUCCAAAACCAAUAACCAAACCUUGCAUUCAGGCAAGACAAACUGAUUUACCUGCUUGUGGAGUAGAAAAUGUUCAAAUAUCUACUUCAGAGGCAGUGAAAUACAAAUUGCCAAGUUUGGACUCACAAACAACUAACACAUCAGGCUAUGAAAUGCAACAAGAAGUGCAAACCCUAAAGACGUUGGGUUCUGAAAGACAAAAAGUUAGGGUACAACCUCCAGAUCUACAAAUAUUAAAUGCACCCAACAAUGUAGCAGAGACAUUCAGACACAAAAUUCAACCAUUAGAGACAGCUGAGAUCAGCAUGGAAGUCAGAUCACAUUCUCAGGAGAAAACCAUCGUUCAAGGCACAAACGGAGCAUCCAUGCCUAUGUGCCAAAGUGGAACUAAGCCAAGUGUAAUUCUUCAAAGUGAACAUUUAAAGGAAACCCCCACACCUCAGAUUCUCUCUGUUCAAGUUGCUGGAUUCAAAGCACCAAUGACUGAAGGUUCUACUCCUGCCUCCAUCCCUCAGGUUACAGACAAAAUGACUUCUUUGAGCUCAUCUCAGCAUUCAGCUCAACCAGGAGGUGGCCAUGGAGAAAAGGAGAAAGCCACGGAAGCCGGAGCAAAAGUCAAGGAGAAAUCCCUGCAAAAGAAAUCAAUCGCCAGCAUUUGGCCAUCAUCGAAACAGUCAAAAGCAGAGAAGAAAGAUUCAAGCAAUGACUCAAUGUCCAAGAAAGAUCCUCAGGGUAAGGACCCAGAAAAGCCAAAGGGCUUGAAAUCCAAACUCAGUGGCUGGUCACGGCUGAAGAAGCACAUGGUGGUGGAACCAGAGGAGCCAAAGUUCCCAGAGCCAGUCUCAGAGUCUGCUCAGGAGGGAGUGGCUAACACAGAACACAUGUCUGAAAACGCACCAUCAGAAGUCAGUGAUCGGUCUGGGACUCCUGGAAAUGCCCCCAGAGCGAUGAAGAUGUGGGAUGCUAUGCUGUUCCAAAUGUUCUCCACCAAAGAGAACAUCAUGAAACAAAUCAAUGAGAAAAAAAGCAAGUCAGAAAGAAAAGAUGCGUCCAAGGAUGAGCAAAAGCAUGUUCCAUCAUUCGUCUACCACCUUCCUCUCCUGCUGUACCGCCCACGGUUUGACGCCAGGAAGCUGAAGGAGGCUGCCUCAAGACCGCUGACGAAAAUCGCCGCAGUGUUUGAGAGGGGGCUUUUACAUCGAAAGACUCAAGAUGACGAACCAAAAGACUUCAACAGAGUUGCAACAGGGUUUGGAGCCAUUAAAAGUGCAGAUGGCUAAUUUUAUUUCUUUUCUGUUUUUUUCAGGGGGUCUCUCAUUAAAUAAGUAACAAUCUACUGUCUAUAUUUAUUCAGUUAAGUUCUGUCGAAAGAAAGAUAGAGUGGUAAAUAUUUGCUUGAAUUUCAUAUAAAAUCAGUAAUUUAUUAUUAAAUUUUCAUAAGCUUUGCAUGUACACAUUAAGCUCACUCAUUCAAAUGGAAGUCGAACGGAACCUCUUUCCACACCCUCAUAAGACUUUUCAUCCUUUCUCAGUCCAUUUUUAAAGGCUUCAACUUAGUGAAUUCCGGUGUUUACAAAAAAAUCCAGAGAUUUUUGUUAUAAAUGUUUUUAACGCUUAAAUUAGUUCUGGACAAGAAAAAGGUGCCAUGUUUCAAAAUUAUCCCUUAUUCAUUCAUAUUCAAAAACUCAUCACGAUUUGAUGUCCAGGGGAACUUUUCCCCCCACAAAAUCAAACAUUCAAAAACGUCUUUCUGCUUAAGAAUGUAGAAAAUAUGAAUAUAGCGUAAAAUAUACAUAUAAUAUGGAAAUCAGAAAUGGCUGGUAGUGUAGUGUUUAGAGAGGCUGCCUGUUCAAAUUGCACCUCCAGCUAUAGUACCCUCGAGCAUGGUACUUACCCUAAAUUGCUUCAGUAAAGUUAACCAGCUGAAUAAAAGGGUAGUAGGUACCUUAACAUUGUAAAUCUCUUUGGAGAAGAGUUGGAUAAGUGAAUCAAUGUGAAAUAUAAUAGGAGACUGUGGUAUUGAAUAAUUUUUCAGUCCAGAUUAAUAUGAGCAAACAUAACUUCUUUUGGAAAAAUAGUUAUUGGUUGUAAAAUAUUUCCCAAGUGAGAAAAGGACCAUAACAGUUCGGGAGAAAAUAAGAUAAAAAAAAAAUACUAGAACUAUUUGUAAUCCUUAAAUAUCAAUUUCUUGUUUAUUCAGUUUUUUAAGAUGAUUGAUGCUUCAUGAUUAAGAAUCCAAGGCACAGGGAUGCCAAGGCUACUGCCUAUCCUAAAUUUUAUACAAAUAACUAAAUAAAUACAUUUUUAAAAGCGACUGUUCACCCCCCAAAAAAAAUCAUUAGAUGCUUCGCUGUACUUUGGUGUUAUGCAUUCCCUCACGACUGGGAAAGGAGAGACGGUCUUCUUUUCAAUGUGGAUCAAGAAUGGACUGCACGCUCAACACAAAUCCCUGAAAAGAGGAGUAAAUAAAUGCGAAUGGCAGGGAAGGACUGAGGUGGAUCUAUGAGAAGUGUGAUGGUGGUAGAAAAAGCAGAAGGGAACUGUACAAUGCAAGAUACUGCAAAGGAGGGUCUUAUUAUCUGAUGAAAUGUACAUAUCCACAGCCUUCUGGGAAGUGCUCCAGAGACCCCCAAUGCAGGAAAAGUGCAUGAAGGUUGAAGGUUUGUACCUUAGGAAUAGAACAGACGCAAGACGGCUGGAUGUGAGAUGAGAUGGACAUGGACCUCAUGGGACUUUGGAAAUGAGAUAAAUUAGCAAUGAUACAGCCUGACUGCUGGAAUAUGAAAGAAAAUAUUGGAAAUGUUUCUGAACUGGUGAAUUUAUAUCAUGAUCCCUCUGCUGUGAUGUUUGGAGCAGUUUAAAGGUUCAGCUUGAUCUGCUUCAUUUUGUUAUGCAGUCUCUUGUAUGAUAUAACAGACCAAUCCCCAGUUAGAUUCACAGUGUUAUUUGAAGCUUUUUUCUAUUUUUGUUUGCAGAAAUGUAAACACCUUGAUAGCUUUAUAUUGUCCUCAAGAUUUAUAUUUGCGUUCUGUUCUGCAAUAUCAAAUGCAUUUAAUAACCACGGCACUGUCUUAAAAGGAGCUGAACCUCUUCAAACUGAUUUUCAUGUUCGUGCUUCAACAACCCAAAGGCAAAAAUAUUCCCCAAAAUAUUUUGAGUAUAUUUGCUAUAUGUAGUUUAAAAAGUAGAAAAUAAAAAUAUACAUUGUUAGAUAAAA